AACAUGGAGAGUCUCGCACGGACAAUGGCUUCCAUGUAAUUUCAGGACUGACUGGUAAACCCUUCCUAAAUCCUAAACCCUAGAUUUAAGCAAAAACCUAAAAGACCGCAGACUACACGGGAAGGGUCUUGUUUCGCGAAUCACUCUGACUUUCCCUCUCUUAUCUUUGUUUUUUCGGUUCUUUUGUUGAUAUCUCAGAUGGCGAAGCGUUUGGUCCCACUUCUGAAUCGAGUUUUGGUCGAGAAGAUUGUCCCUCCGCCCAAGACUCAUGCCGGAAUAUUGCUCCCCGAGAACGCCACCAAGCUGAACUCUGGAAAAGUUGUGGCCGUGGGUGCGGGGAUUCGUGAUAAAGAGGGAAACUUGAUUCCUGUCAGUGUAAAAGAAGGAGACAAUGUCCUCUUACCUGAAUAUGGAGGAACUCAAGUGAAGCUUGCUGACAAAGAGUAUCAUCUGUAUCGAGAUGAAGAUAUAUUGGGAACGCUUCACGAGUAAUGAUUACUACCUGACCUGUGACCUUAUGCUACAUUUUGAAGUAGUUCAAGCCACAUCGUAUUAGAUUUAGUCAUUUGGUAGCAUGUGAUAGUGCCAUCCCAUCCGAGAAAAAUAGUAGUUCUACCUUGUGCUGCAAUUGAACAGUUCCAUUCUGCUUUGUACUUUUCCAUUCGAGAAAAAAACUUGUACUUUUCAAUUAUCUGAGUGAUGAUAUAUCCAUGAAAAUAAA